AUGUUAACGACAAAAGUAUAUUUUAGAAAGACUAAAGGCGGAAAUAUUUUUAAGACUGUUAAGGAACACUACUUGCGGGAUGAUCUUUGGUGUGGUUCCAAAAUCUGCAAAGAAACUUCUAACAAUGUUACAAAUCUUUGCAAACAAAAAGAUCGAGAAUGCAUACUAGAUGAUGAAGAUACCAGUGCAAAAAGCACAUUUUUUUCAUCACCAUACUAUCUUGUAUUGGAUACUAAUAUUAUUUUACAUCAAAUUGACAUAUUGUCAGAAAAUGUUUUUUACAACGUUAUUAUUUUACAAACUGUGUUAAAAGAAGUACAACACAAAAGUCCAAUCGUUUAUAAAAGAUUAAAAGAAAUCAUUGCCGAUGUUAAAAGAAGAUUUUAUAUUUUUGUCAAUGAACAUCACAAAGAAACUUACGUGGAAAGAGUACCAGGGGAAAAUAUAAAUGAUCGCAAUGAUAGAGCUAUACGCGUUGCAACAAAAUGGUACAAUAAACAUUUAAAUGUUAACGGACAUAAAGUUUUCGUUGUUUUAUUAACAGACGAUGCGGAAAAUAAAAUGAAAGCUAUGCAAGAAGACAUUCCUGUCUAUUCUAUGGAAGAAUACGUUCAAUCAUUGGAAAAGUCAAAUUUUUUGCUAGACAAAUUAUCUAAAAGAAAUUUUCAACUGGAAACAGAAGGACGAGAAUUUUUUCCAUGUCAUUUGCCACCUUCUGAAUUACAUUCUGGUAUUAAGAAUGGAAUAUAUUUUCAAGGAACAUUUUCCGCAUCGAGAGAAAAUUUUCUCGAAGGAAAUGUGAAUGUAGAUGGAAUAGAAAAAUCGAUACUGGUGCAAGGUAGAAUGGGGCUUAAUAGGGCCAUCGACGGUGACAUCGUUGCGGUUGAACUUCUUCCAGAAGAUCAAUGGUCAAUUCCCAGCGAUAUCGUAUUACAAGAUGAAGAAGAUACAGAUAUACCAGACAUAUUAGAUGAUGAAAAACAAUUAAAUAAUUUGUUUAACGUAAAAGACACCGAAAAAACCCCAACAGGGAAAAUAGUAGGAAUUAUUAGAAGAAAAUGGAGACAAUAUUGUGGUAUCUUAAAUCCAAGUAUUAUUCAAGGGAAUGUAAAACAUCUUUUUAUACCUGCUGAAAGAAAAAUUCCUAAAGUAAGAAUAGAAACUAGGCAAUCGGAAUUAUUAAGUAAACAAAGGAUUAUAGUAGCCAUAGAUUCGUGGCCAAGAAAUUCGAGAUACCCAUUGGGACAUUUUGUACGCGCUUUAGGUAACAUUGGCGAUAAAGAAACGGAAAAUGAAGUAUUGCUUUUAGAGCAUGAUGUUCCACACAGCAGAUUUUCCGAUGCAGUACUUAGCUUUCUUCCAAAAAUGCCAUGGUCUAUUCCGGAAAACGUUAUCGCGGCAAGAGAAGAUUUGAGGCAUUUAGACAUUUGUUCCGUAGAUCCACCAGGGUGUACUGACAUUGAUGAUGCUUUACACUGUAGAUUAUUACCGAAUGGUAAUUACGAAGUUGGUGUGCACAUUGCAGACGUAACUCAUUUUAUUAAGGUUGGAACAGCUUUGGAUAAGGAAGCUGCCUUAAGAGGUACUACAGUCUAUCUAGUUGACAAAAGAAUCUCCAUGAUACCAGAACUACUAAGUAAUAAUUUGUGCUCUCUAAGAGAAAAUGAAGAUAGAUUAACAUUUUCUUGUAUAUGGGAAAUGGACUCUGAGGCAAAUAUCAUAAAUACCAAAUUUUGUAAGUCAGUAAUUAAAUCACGUCGUGCCAUGACUUAUGAAGAAGCUCAAAUUAAAAUCGAUGACGUCAAUCAGAACGAUGUAAUUGCCGAAUCAUUAAGAAAUUUAAAUAAUUUUGCAAAAAAAUUGAAGAAAAAACGAAUGGACAAAGGGGCUUUGACUUUGGCAUCACCAGAGAUCUAUUUGCGAGAAGAUAACGAAACUCACGAACCGAUUGAUGUACAAGUAAAAAAAUUAAGGGAUACAAACUUUAUGAUCGAAGAAUUCAUGUUACUCGCGAAUAUUUCAGUUGCUCACAAAAUUUUUGCGGAAUUUCCAGAAUGUGCGAUGCUUAGAAGACAUCCUGAACCAUCGCAAAAAAAUUUUGAACCAUUGAUUAAAGCUGGAAAAAAUCAGGGUUUUGUAAUAAAUACAAAUAGUGGAAAAGAAUUAGCUGAAUCAUUAGAUAAAGCGCAAAAGGAAGAUAAUCCUUAUUUUAAUACUAUGUUGAGAAUUUUGGCAACAAGAUGUAUGUUGCAAGCAGUAUAUUUCAUCAGCGGAAUGCACCAACAAAAUGAAUUCUAUCAUUAUGGAUUAGCUUCACCAAUAUAUACGCACUUUACAUCACCUAUCCGUAGAUAUGCGGAUAUUAUCGUACAUCGUCUCUUAGCAGUAUGUAUUGGAGCAGACGUUACUUAUCCAGAAUUAUUGGAUAAGCAAGAAAAUCAUAAAUUAUGUUCUAAUUUAAACUAUCGAAAUAGGAUGGCACAGUAUGCUGGUCGAGCAUCAGUUGCAUUAAAUAUUCAUUUAUUUUUCCGAGAAAAAGUCAAAGAUGAAGAAGGAUAUAUUCUUUUCGUACGAAAAAAUGCACUACAAAUAUUAAUUCCAAGAUAUGGUUUAGAAGGGACAUUGUAUUUAAACAAAACUGAAUCAUCUGUUAAUUUUAUAUAUAACCGAGAGGAUCAUUCUCAGUCAUACGAAAAUAUAACAUUUCGAACAUUUGAUCCUAUUGUAGUGCAGUUAAGUUUAGAUAGAUCGAACGUUCAACAUGAAAAAUUGAUUUUCAAGCUUGUUAAACCAGAGAUUCCAGGUUUCAGUGUUCCUCCAAUAAAACAGGAAUUAGUUGAACAACAACCCAUUUCUAACGUAGAAAUAAACGAAGCAAAUGCAACGGAAAAAAGAAAAAGUUCAAAUGUUUUACAAAAGAAACAGAAGAAAAAAAAGAGGAACUAAAUUGAAUA